GCCAAACCGUGAUUCCACAAAGCUUUAGGGAGUGAGGUUUUUCCCGCGUCUGAGCUCAGUGAAGCCAUGGAGGAGGGCCACAGUCGUCCAUGGCGUCUCAGAAGCCGUGAAUAUUUCGGCGAAAUCUCGGCGUUAUGCCUUCUGAAUUCUUCUUUUCCCCUACUCUUGGCUGGAACUGGGCCUCAGAUCCUGCUUUAUGACGUGGAAAAUGGGGAGCUUUUGAACUCUUUCUUUGUCUUUGAUGGAAUCCGAGUGCAUGGCAUAUCGGCUAGUUUACUUGACCUAGAUCAUGAGAAAUCAUCUUCAAAGAAUCCUGUGAAAAUUGCUGUGUAUGGUGAGAGAAAGGUGAAGGUUUUCAGCUUGUGUAUUAGUGGAAAGUUUCACCCUGAAAGUGAUACAAAAGCAUGUAUUGAUUUGAUCCUUGUCCACUCAUUGCCAAGGUUUAAUCACUGGGUCAUGGAUAUUUGCUUCUUGAAGGGAAUCAAUGAAGGAACUGGGCAGGUACUUACACUUGGUGAUCAUGAUAAAAGCAAUCAUCUUGUAAUAGGACUUAGCGACAAUUCUUUGUGUCUAUGGCAUAUCUCGAGAUCAAAAUUAUUGUUUGAUUUGAAGUCUCCAGAGAGGUGCCUUUUGUAUGCUAUGCGAAUAUGGGGUGACGAUAUUCCAUCUCUUCAUGUGGCAUCUGGUACUAUUUACAAUGAGAUUCUUAUAUGGAAGAUUGCUUCUCAAGGGGCUGAGCCCUUAACUUAUAUUGAGGAAGACUGUUAUGAUGGCGUGGCCACGCUAGCCAAAAAUAGUGCAUUCCAUGAUCAGCCAUAUGCUGCUAUACAUUUGAAUCGGCUUACUGGGCAUGCAGGAUCAAUAUUUCGCUUAGCAUGGUCUUCUGAUGGAUUGAAACUAAUCUCUGUUUCUGAUGAUCGUAGUGCUCGUAUCUGGACAGUUAAAGCUCAAAAGGAUGAGUUCAGUGACCCAUGGGAUGUUCCUAUUUCUGAUGUGUCAGUUGGGCCCAUACUGUUUGGUCACAAUGCUCGAGUUUGGGAUUGUUAUAUAUCUGAAUCGAUAAUUAUCACUUGUGGUGAAGACUGCACAUGUCGUGUCUGGGGAAUAGAUGGGAACCAGCUUUUAAUGUUUGAGGAGCAUGUUGGGAGAGGCAUUUGGCGUUGUGUGUAUGAUCCAACAUCUUUCCUUCUAAUCACUGCUGGGUUUGAUUCUGCAAUCAAGGUGCAUUACUUAAAUGCAUUGGAUUUGAGCGACAAUUUGCAUCCAAAUGGCAUUGUAAAAGACUUGGACAGUAGGAAAGAGAUCUUCAGCAUUUGCACUGAAAACGUUAUCUCAAAAACUGACCAUAAACUCAUGGACAGCAAUAGUGAAUAUGUACGAUGUUUGCAUUUUGCCCGCGAAGAUAUUCUUUAUGUUGCCACUAAUCAGGGCUCUUUAUAUCAUGUUCAAUUAUCCAUUCCUGGAGAGGAAAAGUGGACAGAAGUUGUUAAAGUCAAUGUAGUGGCGUCCAUUGUUUGUCUGGAUCUGCUUCCUUUGAAUUCCUCGAAUCCCUCAAAACCUAUUGAAGAUUGGGUUGCUCUUGGUGAUGGUAAAGGAAAUGUUACAGUUGUCCAGAUCACUUCUGGUUCAUUUCCUGUUGAAGUAGCUCUCUUCUUUUCUUGGCAAGCAGAACAAGAGAGACAACUCCUCGGAGUUUAUUGGUGCAAGUCAUUAGGAUAUAGCCACCUGUUCACUGCAGACCCUAGAGGAAGAUUAAAACUAUGGAAGUUGGGGAGCACCUCUCCUGGCACUUGUGAUGCAUCGCACUCUCUUUAUGGCAACUACUUUUUGGACCACAAGGUGCUCUUAGUUUCCAAUUUUGCAUCAUGUUUUGGAAGACGAAUCAUGUGCCUCGAUGCCUCCAUUGAAGAAGAGGUGCUUGUUUGUGGUGAUCAGCGUGGUAAUCUUAUCAUAUUCCCAAUUCCAAAGAGCCUUUCAGUUGCUGAAAGUAUUGAGUUGGAAGCAACAAUCCCAGUGUUAACUCAUUUUAAAGGCGCUCAUGGUAUAUCUUGUGUGGCUAGUAUUUCCAUUUCCACAUCAAGCUGCAACGAAGUUCAGAUACGUUCGACAGGAAGGGAUGGAUGCAUAUGCUACUUUACAUAUAGAAAUGAAGUUCAAGGGGAGCUGCCAUUUUUGGAGUUCAGGGGAAUGAAACAGGUGAAGGAAAUUAGUGUGAUUGAAUCUGUGUGUGCCAAAUCUGGGCUUGCAGAAGAUCUCACCCAGGGUAGAUAUGCAGUGGGUUUUGCAUCUGCAGAUUUUAUUAUAUGGGACUUGAUUAAUGAAUUGAAGAUUUUACGGCUAACUUGUGGUGGAUGGCGACGACCUCAUUCUUAUAUAUUGGGCAAUAUACCAGAAAUUCAGAACUGCUUUGGUUUUCUAAAGGACCACACUAUUCAUGUAUAUAGGCUUUGGGUGCCAACUAGUGAGACAAGGACAUAUCCUCAGGUUUUACACUUGCAGUUCCAUGGAAGAGAGAUACAUUCUUUGUGUUUUAUAGCUCUUCCCUUAAAUUCAAGUGGCACUGUUAAUAUUAGCUGGAUUGCAACUGGGAGCGAGGAUGGAACUGUAAGAUUGACAAGCUACAGUCAUGAUUCUGUUGAGAGUUGGCCUGCAUCAAAGUUGCUUGGCGAACAUGUUGGAGGAUCAGCUGUUAGGUCAAUCUGCCUUGUGUCAGAUAUGUAUACAUGCGUAGAAGAUUGUACUCAAAUGUCUCACGAUAAGUACUGGGAACUUGAUGCUUCCUCUAUUAGGAUGAGUGAUAACUUUAUACUUAUUUCUGUUGGAGCCAAGCAAGUCUUGACUUGUUGGCUUCUCAAGGAUUUGAAAUGUGAUAACAAGGAAGAAACAGACGGAUAUCAAACGAAAGCUGGAAUUCAUGGAAGGAACGUUCUGGAGGCUUCACAAGUGUCUUUUCAAUGGUUGUCCACUCAUAUGCCACCAAAGUUUUCCAGUACAAGUAGACGAGUAGACAGUAUAAAGAAAAAUCAUGGACAUCUCAGAGCUUCAUCAUCCGGAUCAGAGUUUUGUGAGGAUUCAGAAAAUGAUGCUAAAGCAAAACCCCUUGAAUCAAACGAAAAUGAUUGGCGAUACCUGGCUGUUACUUCAUUCUUUGUAAAAACUGCUGAAUGCAGAUCAACUGCUUGUUUCAUUGUGGCUGCCUGUUCAGAUGUCUCACUUACUCUGCGUGUGCUCGUGUUGCCAUCCCGACUUUGGUUUGAUGUUGCUCUUCUUGUUCCAGAAACUGCUCCUAUUCUUGCAUUGCAACAUGUGGUCAUUCCUCUCCGUUUGGCUCAUAAGGACAAGGUGCACAUCCGAAAUGUGUAUAUUGUGAUCGGUGGCUCUACUGAUGGAAGGAUCACUUUUUGGGAUCUGACGGAAACAAUAGAAUCCUUUAUGCGACAAGUACUGGCAUUUCAGCCUGAAAAGUAUAUUGACUGCAACAGACGACCCCGGACAGGUAGAGGAAGCCAGGGUGGGCGAUGGUGGAAAUCAAUUACUAAUCUGUCAUCAAAUGCAAUGGACUUGGAGGUAUCUCGCAUAAGUCUUGAAAGGGAUAAGAUUAAGCAUCCCACAAAUCAAACUGAAAAGAAGACAGCUACAAAAUCAACUAACCCUGUUAAUAGUUCAAUGGGAUCUCCUCAAAAUACGACUACUGGUAGCCACUCUGUAAUAGGAGCUGAGAUGGUGGAUAACAGUAGCAUCCAAGUUCCUCAAAUUCAAGCCCUCUAUGUUCUCCCCUCUGCUCACCAAUCUGGGGUUAAUUGCCUUUGUAUUUCAACCACCAAUCUGAAAACAAACUGCAAGGAUGCAGAUUUCACUGCGGUUUAUUUUGUUGCAAGUGGUGGCGAUGACCAAGCUCUUCAAUGCCUUAGCUUUGAUCUGGUGUUUUCCCCAGAGGACCAUGAUACUGGACCCAUGACCACAGAAUGUUUGGGCAGGAGCGGAGUGAUGGAUUCCUUAAGUACCAGUAGUGUAACUUACAGGUUGAGGUUGUUACAUCAAGAAACCUUGGCCUCAGCUCACAGUUCGGCAGUUAAAGGUAUUUGGACUGAUGGAAUCUGGGUUUUCACAACUGGUCUGGACCAAAGGGUUCGGUGCUGGCACCGUAGGCAUUCUGGAAAACUGGUUGAGCAUUUCAAUUUGGUCGUCAAUGUGCCUGAGCCAGAAACAUUGGACGCAUGGCGUAUUGCAAGAGACCGAUAUCAAAUUGCAGUAGCGGGAAGGGGGAUGCAAAUGGUUGAGUUUUUCUGCCCCACUUCACAUGAGCACUACACUGACUGAAAUUGUCAUGUGCUUUUUGAGCAGGACUUGUGCUAUCAGCGACAAGCUCAUCAUUGAAAUUCAGGCCUAUAUUUGAAGAUUGAGAAGUAAUCAACCUCCACGUGGGAGGUAUAAGAGUAGGAUUAUUCAUUCUUAUAACUUUUUGUUCAUUAACCUGGUGGAUUUUAUUCCCCAGAAAGAGGUAAAAGAGAAAAUGUAAAGAAAUUUUUUGCCUGGUAAUCUAUUGUAUUAUUAUUCUUGUCUCUGAGCAAGCAAAGAGCUCAUCACAUGGUUUACAUGAGCUCUGAGAUUUAGAAUAAUUAAGUGACAUGGCAGAUUCAUGAUUUGUACCAUUAGGUCAGGCUUGACCACUGAUAUAAGUCGAGGCAGAGACGGGAUUUAUGGUUUGCAAA